GCACCACCCGCAAACGUCGGUCGGUCCUGGGGAGAGCUCAUGGUGCCCAAAGCUGAACCCGCGAUAGGCGGAGAGGAAGAGAGAAGGCGGCUGAGCUAGCCGGGGUGAAAAGAGGCGUCGGGACUUUGGUUCGCUCAGGUGCUCAGAUCAUUAUAUUCAUUACAAACAGGAACCAGGAUAGGAGAGUGGAAGGACGGCUAUGAGUAGUCCCAGUGCCAAGCCAACCUGUCUGUCACAGCCUGUGGUGAAGAGUGUGAUGGUAUAUCGCAAUGGAGACCCUUUCUUUCCUGGGCGCCGUGUUGUUAUCCAUGAGAAGAAGGUGUCUAGUUUCGAUGUCUUUCUAAAAGAAGUGACAGGUGGGGUGAAUGCUUCUUUUGGGGCUGUGCGGAAUAUUUAUACACCCCGUGGUGGGCAUCGCAUCCGGCAGCUAGAUGAGAUUCAAAGCGGAGAGCACUAUGUUGCUGGUGGCAGAGAAGCCUUCAAAAAACUAAAUUACUUGGAUAUUGGAGAACCAAAGAAACGACCUGUGGAAAUUAAUAAUGAGUUAGCUCUGGAAGAUGUGAAGCCAGUUACCCACAGCAGAAUCAAUGUGUCUGCACGCUUUCGAAAACCACUUCAGGAGCCAUGCACUGUAUUCCUGAUUGCUAAUGGUGAUCUCAUAAACCCAGCAGUGCGUCUUUUCAUCCCAAGGAAAGCACUAAAUCAGUGGGAUCGUGUUCUUGAAAUGGUUACUGAAAAAGUUACGCUCAGAAGUGGAGCUGUGCACAGGCUUUACACUUUAGAUGGAAAACCUGUUGAAAGUGGGUUGGAUUUGGAAAAUGGGCAGUUUUAUGUAGCAGUUGGCAGAGAUAAGUUUAAGAAAUUGCCAUAUGGUGAACUAUUGUUCAGCAAGUCCACGGUGAAGAGAUCUUAUGGCUCGAAGUCAUCCUCAUUACCACCUAUUGGUGGAUCUGGAAAAUCAAAAGGGAGUUCAAAAUCUACUGACACAGGGGACACAGUGUCUUCUCCUCAACCUCCAAAGAGAAAGGAGAAGAUUGGAUACAAUCAAGAGUCUAAAAAACCUACAAAAUCAAAAGAAAAUGCAAAAACUGUGACCAAAUCUUACGUUUUUCCUGAUAAUGAUGAUGGUGUUUACAAAGCUGGAAAAAAGCGAUCUGAAAUGCGAGGGGCAGCAGAAGUCCAGGAAGAUGAAGACACUCAAACUGAGGUCCCAGUUGACCAGCGGCCAGCAGAAACUGUUGAUGAGGAAGAAAAUGUAGCACCAGAACAUAAAGCUUUGAACCAAGGAGAAUAUUCAGCAAUGAAUGGAGAUGCUGAUCAGAGGGGAGAAACUGGGGAGGCUAUCAAUGGAAUGGAGGAAGACAAAGAGAAACAGAAUGACCAUUAUGAAGAUGAAUUACAAGGGCAGAACCUUGACCAAGCAGGACAAGAAGAGUCUAACAGCCACAUGAAUGGUAACACAAAUGAAGAAAAUGGUGAGGAAAUGGAUCCCAGUAGUCAUCCAGAAGAAACAAAAGAAGGUAUUGAUGAUCAAAUCCAGGUUGAUUCCAAUUAUGAAAAAAUCCCAGCUCCAAGAGUCACCAUCACCAGUCCACAAGAAAGUGAGAAAACUGAGCAAACCAAUGACUAUGCAGCAGUAGCAUAGGCAUAUUUUAAAAGAUAUAAGUUAUCAGAAAAUGAAGAAUUUUAUGUUUGGAACAAAGGGCAUCAUUUUCUGUGUUUGAUUUAAAAAAUGGACAUUCAUUAGAAAGAAGUUUAAAUUGUAAAUACAGAAACGGGUUUUCCCCUGAGAAAAAAUUUAAGGGAAAAUAUAUAUUAAUAAAUAGGGUCAUUAUGGAACAUUAAAUAUUGAAACAUUAGCCCUAGCUCACAAGAAAGAUAGGUAAAAAACAGGACUAAAAGAGCUAAAUAAUAUUUUUGUGUCUUUUAAAAAGAUGUUAAACAUUUUUAAGGUGAUUUAAUCUCUAUUUAUAUAAGCUGCAGUGUAGUUAGGAGCCUGAUUCUUUGUGAUAUGGUGAAUAUUUCAGCAGUAAAGACUACAUUAGACCUGACCCAUAACCUUAAUUGACCUCUGCUGUAUUUAAGGGCCUUUUCUAUUACACUCAUUUUAUAUUUACCUGUGGAUCUGCUUUCCCCACUGAAACUGAUGGGAAAACCAUUGCAUAGAUAAGGUGUACCAUAUACUGAUUGGAACCUUCAUGUCUGGAAUGAAUUGCUGAAUCAGUUGGCAGAAUGUGGUCACAAGUUGAAGUAUGUUUAUUUGAUCAGUUAAUUGUUCUAAAAAUAGAAAUUCUACUUCAUGCACCUUAAUUGUCGUAUCCUGUGUGCAGUUACAUUAUAGUGAAUUCCGAUGGUUGAAUGCAGAUUAUUUACGAGUAAAUAUACUUAUGAGUUCAUCCAACAUUUCUUUGUUCUGUGCAGGCUAUGCUUGUUUAAGUCAAAGAUUCUGCCAAUGGGCUGGCCACGAGGAACAAUUUGAAUAAUCACAGCAAGUUGCUAUAUAAACUUACCCUUGAUGUCCAUUUUUUUAAACCCAGGGCACUUAACCAAUCACAAUAUUAUGGUUUGGUAAUAUUUAUUUUUUUUUUUUUUAAAAACACGUUAUUUUAAAAAUAACUUCAGCUUGCAAAUCAUGUUCCCUUUGGCUUAAACUUCAGCUCAUGAAAAACUGGUAUUUUCAAAUAUGGGGAAAAAAUUGAUAGUUUGUAUAUAGCUCCACUUAUGCUGGAUUCACAGACUCCAGAAAGAAGCUUAGUUUUUAACUCUUAUGGGAAUUAAUGCUCACUAAGGCCAUAUAUUUGUUUUAUGUGAGAUCUGUAACUCUUACUAGUUUUAAUUUUUGCUUAUAGCCCUUGUUUAAGCCAUUUUUUAUUAUAUAGGUUGAAUCUUUAUUUUAAGUUGGUAUGUUGAGCUUGUUCUAUAUAAAUAAUUUGACCACCUUAAAAUAUCUUUGGGUUGAUAUUAUUUUUUCUUGUUGUUGUUGUUGUUAUAUAUGAAUAUCUGAACAUGCUUUAACAUGCAAUCCUGUGGCUGAUCUAUAGACAGCUAGUUUUAAUUUUCCUCAUUUUGCUAUCUUGCCUAUUCUGAUAACAGCAGAAUAUAAAUAAUGUGUUUACGCUAAAUAGUUAUGCUGUUGUAGUUAUGGCAAAUAGCACAGUUAGCUAAUGUCACUUUAGUCCGAAGGAAUGUAACUCAAUUCAAAAUGUGUUUAUUCCAGUUCAGUAUGGGUUCUUAGAAAUUAGUUUUAUCUCCAAACGGAUGUGACCCUGAAUAAGGGCUAUCUGAAGAUCCUUAAACCUCUGUUUUCAGUGAUUAGAAGUAAUCAUUUAUUCAUUACAUACUGAUGUUUCAAAUAUGAUUAAUAGAUCUUUGAAAAUAAUUCUUGUCCUAUCAGAUUCUGGAUAUAUUUUGUACUAAUUUGCACACUGCUUUGGUUGUUUGUACAUAAGAUGGAUAAAUGGAUGCAGCAUAUUAAAACAUCACUAUUUUAAAUAUAUAUUUUAAAGAAAAUAUACUUUUGGAAGCAAAUAUAUAUAAAUACUAUAUUGUAAGUUUUGUCAAACAUAUUUAAUGAAGCAUUAUAAGUAAAAUUAUAUGCCCUGAUUCUAUUUGAUGCCUUUUUCCUGUAUUGAUGAUAGUUUCUUUUUCCAGAGGAAUCUGAAAUGUGAUGAUUAACUGAAAAUAAAGAUUUAGUA